AUGCAGGCGGACGAUGGGGACAUGGACACCUCCCAGAGGGACAAGCGGGCGGCGCCGGAAAGCGCAGAAUUCCUGUGCGCCACGCCGUCCGACACGGCAAGGGAGGACGUCACGGACAAGAAGAUCCUCAACCUCUGCACGGCCUUGACCAACCUGGUGCUGCGACACGAGGCCAUCCAGGCCUGGAAAGAAGCCAAGGAAAAGCAACCGGAGACCAUCGAUGAGGGCCUUCCUGCUGAAGCAGUGGCUGGAGCCCAGGCUGCGGAGAUGCUUGUCCUGGACUCCAACGGCAUGGUCCCCUAUCUGGAGUGGGACUUGCAGGCCAAGGAGAUGAAGGUGAAGCGCGACAGAGAGCCAAUGCGACCGGAGCAGGUGCUGGAACUGCUGACCAGGAUGCAGGUUGUGCCGAUGAUGUUGGAGAUUGGCGGCAGAACUCCGGAGGCCAAUCGUCUGUGGGAGGACUUCGGUCGCCUCUCGCAGAGCGCGGCCACACGAUGCGUGGCCACCUCGCUCCGACCGGACAAGAUGGGGAGGUCGGCACUGACAACGGCGGUGCAGAAGAUUGCAGACGGCAUGUGCGCACCCUCAGACUGCAAAACCGCAGCGAUCAUUGCUACAGUCAUGCCUCCAUUUUAUCGCCCUGCUGGCUAUGGACGUCAGGUACAUCACUUCAUUCAUAGUCCCGAGGGAAUAAGCAAAGUUGAGGUUCCUGUGUUUCCUGAGCCCAACAUUUAUGUGCCCCGCUUUGAGAAUUCCCUGGAUGAUGCAGAUCCGCUGGCCCUACAGUACAGCCGGCACUGUCGAGUUGCCUGCAUUUUGCAUUUCGGCGCAAGUCCGAGCGAAGGACACUACAGGGCCAUCCUUUACGAUGAUAACAUAGGAGCACUCAUCAGUGAUGACGGUGUUGCUGCUACCAAGCUCAGCCAAGAAGCAGCAUCUGCACACAACCACAAUGGCUAU